UCCUAAAAUGUUUGAAACUCAUAAAGUGCUAUAACAAGAAAGAUAUUAUACAAGAGGCUGUCUUUAAGUCUCAAUUAAUCUACGCUGUCUUAUUUUAAAAAGGUUGGGCUUGGAAGGCAUCGUAUUAACAAUGGCUCUUUCUCUACACACGGUAUUUCUCUGCAAAGAGGAAACCAUCAGUUUGUAUGCCAAAUCACCAUGUAAUGAAAGGUUUCACAGGAGUGGACUAGCUCCCGUGAGUAUAGUUAUGAUGAAAAUUCGAUCUAACCAUGGAUAUUACAAAUACUUCCGGUGGUUUAAAUCUUAUAAGCUGGACUCUAGAUAUUCAACUCCAUUAUCACAUUGUAAAGAGAAAUCUCCAAUAUAUAGGAUCAAUGCAAGUUUUGAGGAAACAGUAAGAUUUGAUGUUAGAAGGGGUGCAACUUUGAUUUUUCAAAGGCAAUGGAGGCAAUUCGUUCAACUGGCUAUUGUAUUGGUUUGCACAUUUGUUGUCAUUCCCAGGGUUGAUGCUGUUGAUGCUCUUAAAACUUGUACAUGCUUACUCAAAGAAUGCAGAAUUGAACUAGCAAAAUGUAUAGCAAACCCAUCUUGUGCAGCAAAUGUUGCCUGUCUCCAAACAUGCAACAACAGACCUGAUGAGACUGAAUGCCAGAUAAAAUGUGGUGACUUGUUUGCAAACAGUGUUGUGGAUCAGUUCAAUGAGUGUGCAGUUUCACGAAAGAAAUGUGUGCCACGUAAGUCUGAUGUGGGUGAAUUUCCAGUCCCUGAUCCUGCUGCACUGGUCAAAAGCUUCAACAUGAAAGAUUUUAGCGGGAAGUGGUACAUAACAAGUGGUCUAAAUCCUACAUUUGAUGCCUUUGAUUGUCAACUGCAUGAAUUCCAUACAGAAUCUGAUAAACUUGUAGGGAAUCUGACGUGGCGUAUAAAAACUCCCGAUGGCGGAUUCUUUACUCGAUCUGCUGUGCAAACAUUUGUGCAAGAUCCAAACCUUCCUGGAGUUCUUUAUAAUCAUGACAAUGAGUUUCUUCACUACCAAGAUGACUGGUACAUUUUGUCUUCCCAAAUAGACAACAAACCAGACGACUAUAUAUUUGUAUAUUACCGUGGGAGAAACGAUGCAUGGGAUGGAUAUGGUGGAGCAGUGAUAUACACAAGAAGUGCAACAUUGCCAGAAUCCAUUGUUCCACGGCUGCAGGAGGCAGCUCAAUCCGUAGGGCGCAACUUUGACACUUUCAUAAGGACUGAUAACACUUGUGGGCCUGAACCGCCUCUUGUGGAGAGACUAGAAAAGACAGCCGAAGUGGGUGAGAAGUUUAUCAUAAAAGAAGCCGAAGAGGGUGAGAAGUUUAUUAUAAAAGAAGCCGAAGAGAUAGAAGAGGAGGUCGAGAAAGAGGUGGUGAAGGUUAGAGACACAGAAUUGACCUUGUUCCAACGGUUACUCGAGGGGUUCAAAGAAUUGCAACAAGAUGAACAAAAUUUCAUUAGGGAACUAACUAAAGAAGAAAAGGAAAUCUUGGAUUCACUUCAAAUGGAAGCCACCGAAGUUGAAAAGCUGUUUGGAGGUGCGCUACCCAUUAGGAAACUAAGAUAAUUUUCGACAUUUGAUUUAAGAGUUAAAGACAAUGCUCAAUUAUAUAAACUUAUGUAUAUAAGAAAAUUGAAGCCAAGAAAAUUAAAAGUUAUUUUUUGAACCUGCA